AUGUUGGGAUACAAGAAGACCAGCGACAACGGAAAGUGUGAAAAUUGCGGAAAGGAAAUAAGUGGACUCCACCACUUGUAUAGAUGUCAAGGAUGUGGGUACGCACUAUGCUCGGGAUGCGUCAAGAAAACACCGCCUUGUAGAUGCGUCAACGGAGUCCCGCCACUCAAACCGGAACAACAAGAGAAAAUGAACACACUGACUGAAAUGGGAUUUCCCGACUAUAUCUCUAUAUUUGCGUUGAAGAAGUUUAACUGGGACAUUAACGAGUGCAUUCCUUGGAUCAUCGAGAACUUGGCGACAUUUCCAAGACCAGAACUUCCAAAAGAAGUUAAAGAGGAGAAGGACGAGAAGGAGGACACCGAGAUUCAAAGCGAGUUGGACGGGAUCGAAGACCAAAUGAAAUGGAAAGAGACGAAAGACACAGACCUCCCCAUGGUCAAAGGAAAGAAAAGAAAAAGAAGCUCGAAAGUCGAUGAUGAAGACGACGACGAGUGGCACGAAGAUGUGUUCGACGACGAUUUGUAUGAUAACGGAAGAGCUGCGAUAUUAGGUGACCCAUCAACAGAAAAGUGUUAUGAAGUUAUUGAAAGUCACGACAUUGUCAAAAUGAUAACAAAUUUAUGUGUACGGGAAGCUGAUAAUUUGUGUAUUGAUGAAGGGAAUGCGAGUGUGUUACUCAAAAACAGCGAUUGGAGCGGGGACAAGUUGGAGAGUAAGUACUUUGAUAACAUCGAAAAGGUGUGCAAAGACAGUGGUGUUGUGAUUGAAACGCCUCCACCACCUAAAGACGAAUCGUGUUCUAUUUGUUAUGAAGAAGGGAAAAUGCUAAGUUUGGGGUGUGGGCAUUAUUUCUGUUCAAAUUGCUGGAACGAACGUAUCUCAACGUUACUGAAGACAUCUGGGAGUAACGUUAUUGACAGUUUGUGCAUGCAACAUGGGUGCACAUGCCGUAUUAAUUACGUUCUCGUGAAGAAAGCCUGCAAUGAGGAGACAUACAAACGUUUUAUGUAUUUUAUUUGCAAAGACUUCAUUAGCCACCGGAAGAGCUAUGUCUUCUGUCCAGUGGACACGUGUGGGAGAGCAAUCCAUUACUUUGACACAUCACGUCAUGAAGUGCAAAUUGUGUGUAAGUGUGGGCAACGCUUUUGUUUCCAAUGCGGAAGAGAGAUGCACAAGCCUGUAUCGUGCGAACAGUUUAUGCAAUGGAAUGACUUGGUUUCAAACGACUCGGAGAGUAUGAAGUUUGUCAAUACGAUAUCAAAGCCGUGUUUCCAUUGUGGGUUGUAUACUGAGAGAGUCGAUGGGUGUAACCAUAUGACGUGUUCAAGAUGUAAAGGCGAGUGGUGUUGGAUGUGUCGAGGGGAUUGGAAAACGCAUGGUACACAGACUGGUGGGUUUUACAAGUGUAAUUUGUAUGACAAAUCAGAAGCGAAGAAACUGGACAUGAAAGCGGAUGAAUUGAAGAAUGAGAACAAGCGGUUUUUGGAGUACUUUGACUCUUAUAUCAAGUACAACAAUUUAGAGAGAGGAGUUAAUAAAGCGGAGGAAAAAAUGAAAUUGAUUGAGUCGAAUAAAGAAAAGACGACGGGAAAGCCCUGUAAGGAGCUGUCAGUUGCUGCUGAAGUACUCAAAGAGGCGUUUUCUGUUGUCAAAUAUUCAUUUGUGUUUUCGUACUUUGUUCGAGACUACGAACAAAUUUCUAAACUGUUUUUGUUCCGCCAAAAGAAAGAUAUUGAGUCUGUGGAAACGUUGUGGAAUAUGCUUGAAAAGGAAACGGAUUUCAACUUUGAGAAACUCCAAAAAGUGCGACAGAUGACGAAAAUUGUAAAGAAGGUGGCUGUCUCCCUCGCAGACGUCUCAACAGAAAACUUAAUGAAGGGAAGACUCGAGGAAGUAAAGAAGAAGAAAUCGAAGAAAUGA